UCUCUUUAUCCAAUUCAAUCAAUCAACAGUUCAACACCUACCAAUAACUGUACUGUACGCAUGUUUUGCUUCAUUCAUAUACAAAUAUAAACAUACAUCAUCAUUUUUUGCGUGUUGUACUCUCUCAGUUGUUUAUAACAUUAAUCAAUAAUCGGCAGCAAUCCAAGUUCGACCAAUUGAACCAUGACUUGGACAUUUCACGGGUUCGAUAUUCCAUCUGGGAUUAAUUAGUGUUUCAUAUCGAGCCAACACUUUGAAGAUGACAAUCACCAAAGUCUACAUUAUAUAUUACUCAUUGUAUGGACAUGUUGACACUAUGGCAAGAGAAAUCCAUAAGGGGGCAGCUUCAAUUGAAGGUGUUGAAGCAACACUUUGGAGGGUACCUGAGAUGCUUUCGGAUCGAAUAUUGGAAAAGAUGAAGGCUCCUCCUAAACCAGAUGAUAUAGCUGACAUCAAGCCGGAACAACUUGUGGAGGCUGAUGCUUUUAUAUUUGGUUUUCCUUCUCGUUUCGGUGUGAUGCCAAGCCAGCUUUUGGCCUUCUUUGAUUCCACUAAUGAAUUAUGGGCGUCUCAAGCACUCGCGGGAAAACCUGCUGGAAUAUUCUGGAGUACUGGAUUUUAUGGCGGAGGCCAAGAACUUUCGGCAUGGACAGCUAUAACUCAGUUAGCUCAUCAUGGUAUGCUUUUUGUUCCGCUUGGAUACACCUUUGGAAGUGGCAUGUUUGAAAUGGAUGAGGUAAAAGGAGGCUCUCCGUAUGGCGCUGGAACAUUCGCAGGAGAUGGAACUCGUCAACCUACGGAGCUAGAGCUUCAGCAGGCCUUUUACCAGGGUAAAUACAUUGCUGAAAUUGCAAAAAAGCUGAAAACUUAACUUUCCUGCAUGACAAAUACUCAAUAGUAUAUUAUGAAAUGCUACAAUAAUAAGAAUUCUUAAUUUUUACUGAUAGAUAUAGAUUCUAAGGCUUUCUGUUGCUAA